CUCAAUACAACCACGAUGGCAUUUAGGUAAAUCUGCCAAUUGCGUAAAAAACUCAGAGAAGCCAUACCCAGUUGAAACUCGUACCAAAGCUUUACCGCAAUACCCGAGAGAGUAAGCCGAAGAAGAUGAGUCGCCCCAAGAAUGACCGGGCAAUAGACCUGGGUAGUCCAUUGCUCAAUGACAUCGCCGAUGCUUUCUUGAAGAGCGCAACCAUCGGUGUUACCAAAGCUGCUGCAGAGGAUACUUACUAUGCCGUCAAAAGGGGGAGCGUUUCAAGUCAGGACUUUGAGUACACUUUGAAGAAUAUGUGUAAGGAAGGUGCAUAUUAUGGAACUGUUGCUGGAGUUUUUGUGACGACAGAGUAUGGUCUAGAGAGUGUUCGUGGGAGAAGAGACUGGAAGAAUACCAUGAUUGCGGGUGCAAUGACAGGGGCUGUGAUGUCUGCAGUGAACAAAAACAACAAGGACAAAAUUAUGGUGGAUGCAAUGGUUGCAGGUACCAUUGCAGGUGCUGCAUUAUUCCUCAGAAAUUGGGCCACAGGAUCUCUCCGCAAGUAGUAGGUUUUCAGUGUCUUCAUUUUUUUUUUUUAGAAUGACUUGGUUCUUCAGCUAAACUCUGAAUAUUGGUAAUGGGGAUAUGGAUCAUCAAAUGUUUCUUGUUGA